UUGACACACUGAUCUCAUGUGAAUCUCUUGACCGAAGCUCCGCCCACAUCUGUCCAGAAUGGGGUUUGGCAUUAACAGUGAGGUGAUUGACAGCAGGUCAAAGGUCAGCCUCUGCUCGGGCUCGUGUCACGCAGAGCACAUCCUGCAGGUGCUGAACUCGUACAGACGCAGCGGGACGUUCACAGACGUGGUGUUGCAGGUGGACAGCUGCGAGUUUCCUUGCCAUCGUGCAACCCUCUGUGCCAGCAGCGCGUUCUUCCACCGCAUGUUCAACGGUCAGUUCCAGGAGAGCCGGCAGGCCGUUGUCAAGCUCCAGGGAAUCUCCGUGAGAGCCAUGGAACAUCUCCUCAACUUCAUAUACGAGGGCAAACUGAUGCUGGACGAGGAGAACGUGGAGAGCAUCUUCCAGGCGGCCGAUCAGCUGGACGUUCCCGUCCUGUCCAAAGCCUGCGUGCAGUUCCUGCAGAAAUGCGUCAGUCACUCCAACUGUCUGGGCCUCAUGGAUUUCGCCGGCUCAUACUUCCUCCAUCCGCUGCAGGAGCAGUGCCAGAACCUGCUGUACCAGGACUGCGAGGAGGUCUUCAAACACGACGAGUUCCUCAGUCUGCCCAAAGCCAGAGUCCUCGAGCUUCUGGCCUGCGAGCAUCUGCAGGUGUCUGAGGAGGUUCUGGUGGCAGCCGUUCUCCGCUGGAUCCAUCACAAACCCGCGGACAGGAAACAGGACGUCCGGGAGCUGCUGGAGAAGCUGCGUCUUCCUCUGCUGGAUCCGGUGUUCUUCACGAGCGUGCUGGAGGCCGACGAUCUGGUGCAGGACUGCAGAGACUGUCGACCGCUGCUGCAGGAGGCCAGACUGUACCACGCUUACGGGCGAGAGGUCAGCUCAGAGCGCACCGAACCCAGGAGGCGUUCUGGUUGGGCAGAGAUGAUCUUUGUGAUCGGUGGAUGUGAUAAGAACAGUUUUUCCCGACAAUCUCUCACAGAGAAGUUGAAUCCUCUCACAGGAGAUCGGCUCGAUGCCGUCACGCUGCCCGGAUACUGCAAAUCUGAGUUUGCAGCCUGUGAACUUCACAAUGACAUUUAUUUAUCAGGCGGGCAGCUGAACAGUGCAGACGUGUGGUGUUUCAUGUCUCGACUCAAUCAGUGGGUGCGAGUGUGCGGACUCAACAGAGGCAGAUGGAGACACAAGAUGACUUCCUUGUGUGGAAAAUUGUAUGUCGUUGGCGGUUAUAACGGUCGCGAGCGCUUGUCAAGCGUUGAGUGCUACAGUCCCCAUGACAACACGUGGAAGAGUGUCGCUGAUCUCUUACUUCCUGUCACUUCUGCUGCCGUCACCAGCUGCUGUGGGAAACUCUACGCUAUUGGAGGAGCCGUGAGUGAUGUCACCAACACUAACCAGGUUCAGUGUUAUGAUCCGGUGAGCGAUCAGUGGGUGUUUGUGACCUCCUGUCCUUUCUCUCAAAGCUCCAUCAAUGCAGUCUCGCUCAACGGCUGUAUUUACGUCACCGGCGGUCUUCUGGACGACAUCUUCUGUUACACACCGAGUGAAGACAUGUGGAGAAAAGCUGCCCCGCUCCCCAUCAGACUGGAGGGCUGUGGACUGACCGUGUGUAACGGGAAGGUUUAUGUUGUCGGUGGACGUGACAAGUGUUCAGUCGCGGUUGACCGGAUCUGGGCGUUUGAUCCGAAAAGCGGGAAACUGACAGAAGAUAAACCGCUGUCGCGCUGUCUCAGUUACCACGGCUGCGUCACCGUACUACAGCGUCUCUGAUCCACAUCAGCCAAUCACAGAAGACCUCACUCACAACAGCUAAUCACAGAAGACCUCACUCACAACAGCCAAUCAAUGACGCUUGGCAACCAAUCACAGAGCACCUCACAAAGAAAGAACCAAAGAUCUUCAUCAAAACGGCUCAUUUCAUCAUUCGGAUCCUGAACACAAUCACUGAAUUUUAUGUCAUUUUACCAGCGUCAGAAAUGAACCAGGACUUUGCAAAAAUGUCCCAAAUAUUCAAAAUGUGGAGGCAAAAAAUGCCACUAAAGUUUUUAUGCUAUAAUGAAAUGUAGUGAAGCAUAUUUGUUUAUUUCAUAAUGUUCUAUACUAGGCCUAUCCAGUGAGUUUAGUAUUUAUGCUGUUUCAUGAAGGAAAACAAAUCCUCAGAAAAUCCAUUUGUGGUCAAAUUAAGACAUUUUGUUCUGACACAAACUUCCUCUUCCACACCAAACAUGAUGAGAACUUUUAUAAAUGACAAAAGAACAUUUUAUAUACUUACAAUUUACAAAAAUGUAAAUGCUGUUGAAAUAGUUAGUUGCUGUAACUAGAUAUAGAAGCUUGUACUGGUUUAACAGGAACAAUUUUCUUGAAGGACAAAAUCCGUCUCCGGAAUACCUGAAGUUUUUCAAUGCACAUUCUUUUAACACGUGUUGUAAUAGUAACAUGAUUACUUCAAUGAUUUUUGAUUGUUAUUGAAGUCUAAUUUGAUUGUUUUAUACAUUGUAUUCAUCUGGAUUUGCUUCUGUAAAAUCAUUGGAAUUUUACAACAAACAAGCAUUCCUAAUUAUGGAUGUGAAGACUGUAAAUGCAGACAAAUGGAAAUCCCAAUGUGAAGCGUUUUAUACUGUGAAUAUUUAUAAAGUUAUACACCAAUAAUGAUCAUUUUAUGUUGCUCGAGUUCUGUAUUUACAGCUUUAUAGGCCCACUACAAAAAAAACAAAACCUCUAAUAAAAAUAUAAAUAAAUAAAACUGGGCUUUAGCAAUAUUUCCUAAAGUUGUAGGUUCAAUUCCAGGUAGAAGAGUUCAGACUCUCUUUCUGUCCAAUCAGAAUGGAGCUCUUGAAUAAGACACGCCCCCAGGUGACUCAGAAAUGAAUAUUCUGAAGAUGCUUUAAAAUAAAAAUAAUUUAGCAGACAUUUC